AUGAAUGGCAGAGAUCGUCCCCGCGGUCCUCCGCUAGGGCUGCCACCACGUCGUGGAGAUAUGCAGUCCGAUGCCGGCUCAAGCCCCAGCACUAUGUCACGAGGGGACGCCUUUGAAGAUGAGAAGAGGCGGAUCAUUCAUAGUUGUUUCGCGAAAAAAGACGAAGAAGGUCUCCUGCUGGAGUCCUAUAUCACCCACGUUCGUAUCACUGAAGACUCGGCGCAUCCGUCCAGUCCUUCCCCGCCAAAUGGGCCGCCGGAGAACAAGAAACCCCGAAUCAUUAUUAUUUCGGUCCGGAAGUCAGGCCGAGUUCGCGUGCAUAAAGCUCGAGAGAAUGGCGAUGGGUCCUUUUCCAUCGGAAAAACCUGGAUGCUUGACGACUUGAGUUCAAUUCAAUCAUUCGCCUCUUUUGUGCCGAAAACAUCAGGGGAGCAGCAACAGAAGGAAUGGGCAGGCAAUGUUGGAUUUACGGUCAUCAUUGGAAAGCCAUACUACUGGCAUGCUAGGACUGCCAAGGAAAAGGACUUUUUCAUCGGUAGCUUGGUCAAGAUCUACAGAAAAUACACUAAUGGCAAGGUCCCCAUUCUCAUCGGGUUUGAUGACAGAGAGCGACAAAUGCUGGCAAAGCAUGGGCAAUCAGGACAAGCAGGCGGUUCCUCAAGCGGCCCCCCGCCAAGGGGACCUGGUCCAAUGCCUUCGUCUUCCGACAGCGCAGUCCCUUCUUCGUUACAACCGUCCUACAGAGGACAUGAUACUAGUCGCGAUGGGCCUCGGGAGCCAAAAAGGAACCCUUCUGAAGAUCCCACUCUCCGCGUCAAAAAGAGCCGGGAGCAAAUGUCCCGACCAUCAACCGGUUCUCGGCCAUCUACAGGACAAAGCAGACCGGCGCCAUCUCCCUUUGACCUGCAUAAAUCCCCUCCUUCGUCGCUUCUUGCCGGGGCGCAUGUGGAUAAACAACCCCCUCCACGCGCCGCUGAACGUAUGACAGCAAACACAAAACCUCCUAGCUCAGCACCAGAACCGAGAGGUACAGAACCACCUCCUAAUUUAACUCCUGCAGCACAAGCCAACAGCUAUGGCGGUAUUCCCGAUUCGCUUCGUCCAUCUACUGGUCGUAGCCAGGAUCGUGGUGCCAAACCACCAGCUCUUGCCACCCAACCACUCUCAAACAAGGCCCCGGAGUUUAUGCAUGGUAACGAUACACUUCGUCCUACGACCGCUGGGUCCUACAAUAAUGAACGUGGGGAUACAGCCCCACGUCCGGCGCCUAGCUUUGGACCAAAGUCUCCCCAACGCGAUCCUAGUGAAAAGGCCUUUCCGUUCACCCAGUCGAAUGUCUCUCAAGAGAGACAUAUACCAGAUGCCCUAUCCGCCGGUAGUUCUCCACAGCCUCGAGAACCGUCAUCAUCGCCUGGAAUUGAAGAUCUGGCUGCAGAGCCUGCCGCUAUUUUGGCUGCGAACCUGGCCUCGGAAGAGCCUAUUCAGCCGCCUCAGGAAAAGUCUCCUAUCGAUGCCCCCGUUGCCACAGAGUCGCCAUCUAAAGCUACCCCAGCGCAGGUCGAAGAAACUGAUGAAUCUCAGCCGCAUCGACCGGGUCUUGGUCCUAUGGUCAAUAUGGUCAAGAAGAAAGAAGGCAAAGACAUUGCAGGCGCCUGGAGAAAGGCGGCAAGUGCUGCAGGUGCUUUCAAACCCAGAGCAGGUGGAGCUGGUGAGCGACUGCUGGCAGCCGCGAAGAAGUCACAAGUCGAUGUCGCGGGUCCCGAUGGCAUCACGAGCGUUGUUCCAGCCCCAUCCCUUACCCGAUCGGCAACAGAUCCCCCGCCUAGCCCAUUGGCAACAAAGCCGGAACAAGAACUAAAUGCCCCUCCGCCUGUUAAAGACCCAGGAACGCCGACUGUAGAAAUUACGGAGCCAGCCCUUGAGCAGACUCCGGUGGCCCCGGUCGAAAGCCCUGAGGUCUCCCAGGAGAAGCUCACUGAUGUUGUUGUGACGGUUGAAGACCGCUCAAGAACCCCAUCCCCCGCAGCCGCAGCCCAAGGACGUCGUCGCAGACAUCGUGAGGAUCACACCAUAAAAUAUUGCCUGGCUCUCGGGAUCAAUCCCAACAUUCUCGACGGACGCGGUGUCGAUUUCGAUGAUAUUCUCACUGACCUGGGCUGGAACGGACGAUUGGCGGACGAACAGAAGAUUGAAGACCUUGAAGCAGAUGUUCGCCGUGAAAUUGGCCGUGUCGAAGCCACCAGCUGGCUUGGCAACCUUGAACAGCAGGAAGGAAAGGUGGAACAACUGGCGAGCUUGAUUGACAGAACGAUCGAGGAAUGUGAUGAGUUGGAUGGUCUAUUGACCCUUUACUCUCAUGAACUGAACACUCUUCACGAGGAUGUUGCCUAUAUUGAAGCUCAGGGCCAGGGUCUGCAGGUCCAAACAGCAAAUCAAAAGCUUUUGCAAAACGAACUUCAAACUCUUCUAAAGACGCUGUCAAUCUCUUCAUCCGACCUUGGGCCCCUCAAGGAGGCUUCUUUGAGCAAUCCCGAUGGGUUGAGGGACACCGAAAGCGCUCUGUCGACCUUGUAUAAAGCCAUGCUUACGAUCGACUCUGACAUUGGACAAAACAAGAAGCGUCAAGUCGAUGCUAGUGUUGGUGUCUACGCUGAUACCGAGAUUGGUCAGAUGCGUGCCAUCAAGCAAAAGAAGGAAGAAUAUCGUUCCAUGGCAAUUCUGUUCCUCAACCGAUUGCAACAGUUCAUGGCCCUUGCAUUCAAAAUGGCUGAACAACAGCGGAUUGAUUUUCCCAAUGGCGAUAAAGAUUCUGUCCAAUUGGAUAGUGCCGCGCGCGGAAACUUCCGUCAAGAGAUUUGGCGGUAUAGUGCCAUGAUGCUUUUUGCUAAGGAGGUUAGCAUGGCAGAGUGGCAUAGCCUUGUUGGUCUCUAUGAACAGCAGUCCAAGCCUUCAUACCAGGGCGAAUUCCGCGAUAAUAACUUGGCUUGGAAGAAAACUGCACGCAAACCAACUGGAGAUGAGCAGGAACUCCUCUUCACACAUCAAGAGAAAGAGAAAGAAACCGAGGGCCUUACUAUGGCUGCACGGAAACUGACUGUGCGCCGAGGCAAGACGGUGCGGGCUGCCGCUGGGCUUCGAUUGGCUUCGGGUGGGAAGAAGCAAGGAAGGGCUGAACCAUCUGAGGCAUUCGCUGGCACGUUGCGGGAGACAUUGAGAAUGAUGGCCCAAGAGCAGAACUUUAUUGUUCGAUUCUUCCACCUCGAUUCCCUUGCAACCGCCGAUUAUUCCGACAUAGUGUCUGCCACUAUUCCGGAAAACCGUAUUUGUCCCGAUUUCUCUGCCAACCAGUCGCAUGACCCCGAUCGGGAAAUGGCAAAGAGAGUCGAGCAGAUUAUGGAUGAGGUCUACUCCUUUUGGCCAAAUGACAUGCAGAGCAUGGUGGAUUGGGCGAUGCAGGCCGAUCCUCUGCAAGGAAUCGGUAUCCUCCAUGCGGUGGAGACUGCCAUGAAUGACUUUGAUGACACAAAUCAAGAGUUCAUCCUUCAUGCACUGCAGAAAAUCCAUUCGCGCUUGAUGGGAUUGUUCAACCGAUUUGUAGAUGAACAAAUUCGGGGCAUUGAGGACACCAAAGUCAAGGUGAACAAGAGAAAGGGGGUGAUUUCCUUCAUGCGGGUGUUCCCCAACUUCUCCAAUGCAGUAGAAAGCAUGCUGUCAUCCCCAUCCGGUGCGUUCUGUGACAUUCGCUCCAACGUCAAUGAGGCGUACGACCGUAUCAAUCGUGCGAUGUGGGAGUCACUCAAGUUUAUUGCCAAGGAAGCACCCGGUCAACCUCCGGGUGUCGCUGCGGGUGCAGGUGAUCCAGAAGACAAGGAAAUUCUGAACUACCACAUCCUCCUCAUUGAAAACAUGAACCACUACAUUGAGGAAGUGGAUAUGCACAACAUCCCCGCGCUCGCACGCUGGGUCGACCGGGCCCAUCAGGAUUUCCAGGAGCACAUGAAGCUAUACCUCGAUGCGAUCGUCUACCGCCCACUCGGCAAACUCAUUGAUUUCGUGCAAUCAAUUGACAACCUCCUCGCUGCAGAAGAUUGUCUCCCCCACGACAACAAAGAAAUCCGCCGUGGCAUCGAAAUGCUCAAGAAGCGUGUUGAGAAGCACUUUGGCGAUGCCGACGAUCCUGGUCUUAGUCGCAGUCUUGUUGUCAAGGUUCUUCGUGAAUGCGAAAACCGCUAUGAGGCUAUAUACGACCGCACGCGACAGGUUAUUGAAGAAGUCUAUGAGGGCCAACUGGAUCUGGACUGGCGCAAGGAAGAGACCCUUAGCAUGUUCCGGAAAUGA